AUGAGGUUUACAAUAAUCAGAGUGUUUUGCACUAUAAUAUUGAGUUUAGAGAUCCGCGGAGAAAGUAUUACCCGACAUACAAAUGUCAAGUGUGAAGUAUUGGACAAAUCGUUUGCAGAAUUCUCCGUUUGUAAGCUCAAUGUUUUGGGUCGUGGUAUAAUCGCGAACUUUGGUGUCUAUAAGAAGUUUUCGGGAUACCAUCCGUUUCUAUUCAAUGUCAGGGUUGAUUUCUGUCACUAUAUGAAACAUCCCAAUCCUAUGAACAUUUUUCAUUACUUCUACACCGCUGUGAAGCCCUAUAGUAAUUUCAAUCAUUCUUGUCCUUAUAACGUAAGUGCACUAUAUCAUGAUAUACUUGUAAAGGACUUUGUCUUGACCGAUCAAAUGUUCGCGAAAAUUCCCCUUCCAACGGGAAACUACAUGUUUAGUAUUAAAUUGGCCACCGACGAUGUGUGGAGAGCGGUCCUUAAUACGUAUUUUGACGUUAAUGUGGAAAAGAAGAAUUAA